GCCACCCGCCAUUAAGAAGAAGAUAGGACAUACUUUUGGCGCUUCUUUCUUGUGCUUCUCGUCGCCUCUCUUCUCAACAGCAAAAUGGCAGAAUCUUCUGAUGAUCAGAACCUCUUUAACUGUCCAAUCUGUCUUCAUCUUCUGAACAACCCAGUAACUACAAUUUGUGGGCACAGUUUCUGUAUGGACUGUCUUAAUGAAUUCUGGGAUCGGGACAAUCAGAAAGGCGUUUACAGCUGCCCCCAGUGCAGGCAGACGUUCAGCCCAAGACCAGCUCUCAGCAAAAACACUGUGCUGGCUGAAGUUGUAGAGAGAAUGAAGAGAGAAGCACCAGAAUCUGGAACAGACUCUCCUGUCCUGAGUUUUGCGGUGUCUGGAGACAUGGAGUGUGAUAUCUGCACAGAGACCAAACAAAAAGCCAUCAAGUCUUGUCUGACAUGUUUGGCUUCUUACUGUGAAUCUCACAUUCAAUCUCAUUAUGCAUCUCCUGCAUUAAAAUGGCACAAACUGGUCAAUGCCUCACCACAUCUACUGGACCAGAUCUGCUCCCAACAUCAUAAGCUACUGGAGCUGUACUGUUGCAAAGAUCAGCAGCUGAUAUGUAUGCAGUGUGCUUUGAUCAACCACCAGAACCAUAGUAUGACUUCACCUGCAGCAGAAAGACAAAAAAUACAGGUACAGUUGAAAGAAAAUCAGGAUGGCCUACAAAAGGAAAUGCAUCAGCGAGAGAUGAAGGUACAAGAAUUUAGAGAAGCUGUGGACACUCAUAAGGGCUCUGUAGAGACAGCAGUGGAGCACAGUGAGAAGAUGUUUUCUGAGCUGAUCAGCUCCAUGGAGAAAAGCCGAGCAGAGAUAACAAAGAUGUUCAGAGCUCAGGAGAAAGCAGAAGUAAGCGGAGUAGAGAAAAUCAUGCUUGCACUGGAGCAGGAGAUCAGUGACCUGAAGAAAAGACAUGAUGAACUCGGGCAGCUUUCACUGAUAGAGGAUGACAUCUAUGUCAUUCAGAAUUUCUCCUCUUUUUCCCGCUACCAUUGUUCAGCCUUGUGCAACACAUCUGUCAGCCAACGACUAAAAUUUGAGGAAAUAGAAAAAGUCAUCAGUGAGCUCAAAAGCCAACUGGAUGAUCUCUGUGAACAAGACAUUGUGAGGAUAUCAGAGAAAGUUCCCACUGUCCAUGUAAUGGUGAACUCUGUGAACAAAAAGAUGAUCAAAAAGUAUUUGCCAUCUCAACCCAAGACCAGAGAAGAGUUCCUGAUAUAUUCCGUUGAUCUGAAACUGAAUGUUCCAGCCUACUCUUCACUCUCUGAAGGACAACAAAUUUGUGUUAAAGUGUAAAAACGGUUACAUGGGUAAUGGGGACUAUUCACGGGGUUUGUGUAAAGAGAAACUAUCUGGACG